AUAGUUUUAUGUAGUGUCACUCAAACAAAAUGACUAAUACAAUUUCAGUAUUUUUAUUUUUAUUCGUUCUAAUAUGGAAGGGAAAUACCGUUGAAGGAAAUGUCAAAAAUUUGCCAAGUAUUCAUUUGGUACAGAACACAAAUCCUUCAAUUCCAAAUUUGAUAACUUUUGGUAACAGUGUGUACUAUAUUGUGCAUACUUUUGAGGGUUAUUGGUUGGACGCAAUGCUACACUGUAAAUCUCUUAACAUGGACCUCGUCAGUAUUGAAUCACAGCAAGAAAAUAACUUUCUUCACCAAAAGAUGAGGGAAUACUUUGGCAACGGACCCGAAUAUUGGUUUUGGUCUUCAGGAGCCAAACUGAAGAACAGAUGGGUAUGGAUGAGUAAAGGGCGUCCAAUCAACUACUACAACUGGUAUCCCAAUCAACCAGACAACGCGAGAAACGAGGAAAACCGUCUAGAACUGAGGUGGAACUGGGCAGGCGGUCUUCGCUGGAACGAUAGGAAUGGAGAUGGUGGAAAGGCGAUACAUGCGCUUUGUGAAGCAGAAAUUGUUAAACCGUUUGCUGAAAUCGUUGGUGCAGCUUGCAAUUGCAAUGUUACUGAUUCAGUCCCUAUAUUGUAAUAUAUUGAUAAUAGAUGA